AUGAUCUAGGUGAGAAUCCUUUAACAUUGAUUUCUGGUUCUGCCUUUCAAAUGGAGGAAACCGGUGAAGCACAGGUUCAAAUUUCGAUACCAGAGAAGCAGAAUGACAGACCAAAGAGAAAGGCAAACAUGAAGAGGAUGUUCACCAUAGAUGAUGAGACAUCCCCCGAGAGAAAUAACAAUAGCAAAUCAAGGCCUGGACUGAGAAGAGGGAGCUCCUUCACCUUCCUCACCCCUGGACCUCAAUGGGACUUCAGUCUGAAGCGGAAGUGCAGAGAGAAGGAUGAGUCUGAUGCAGUCAGCCUGUGCAGCUUUGACUUCAAGGAACCCAGCAACAAGCGUGUCCGUCCUCUCGGCAGAGUGACCUCGCUGGCUAACUUCAUCUCCCCCGUGAGGAAUGGGGCCGUCCGGCGCUUCGGCCAGACCAUCCAGUCCAUAUCCUUCCGGGGCGAUGGCAAUGGUGGCAAGACGCCGGGCGUGCCCCAGAAGCCAUGCAGUAAGGCGGCGGCGCCCACGCCGCCCAAGAGACGCAACAGCACGCUGUGGUCGGAGACCUUAGACGUCCACCAGAAGGGCACCUUCUCCACCAAGGAGAUCAAGAGACAGGAGGCCAUAUUUGAGUUGACUCGCGGAGAACAGGACCUGAUUGAGGACCUCCAGCUCGCACGCAAGGCGUACCACGACCCCAUGCUGAAGCUGAGUAUCAUGUCGGAGGAGGAGCUGAGCCAUAUCUUCGGGGACUUGGAUGCCUACAUCCCCCUCCACGAGGACCUGCUGGCCCAGCUGGCCAGAGCCACCGGCCCCGACGGCACCGUGGGACAGAUAGGACAAAUCGUCGUCAGCUGGUUGCCAGGGCUGAAUGCAUACCGAGACUACUGCAGUAACCAGGUGGCAGCCAAGGCCCUGUUGGACCAGAAGAAACAGGACCGGAGGGUGCAGGACUUCCUGCAGCGCUGCCUGGAGUCUCCCUUCAGCAGGAAGCUGGACCUGUGGAGCUUCCUAGACAUCCCCCGCUCCCGCCUGUUCAAAUACCCCCUCCUGCUCAAGGAGAUCCUCAAACACACGGCGCCCGAGCACCCUGACACGCCCCACCUGGAGCUAGCGAUCACCAUCAUCCAGGGUGUGUUGUCUGACAUCAACAUGAAGAAGGGUGAGUCAGAGAGCCAGUACUACAUAGACAAGCUGGAGUAUCUGGACGACAGGCAAAGAGACCCGCGCAUCGACCAGUGCAAGAGUCUGUUGUGUCACGGCGAGCUACGCAACAAGAGCGGAACAAAGCUGCAUGUGUUCCUGUUCACAGAGCUGUUGGUGAUGACCCGGCCUGUGACGCGGAACGAGCACCACUGUUUCCAGGUGUACCGGCAGCCAAUCCCGGUGCAGGACCUGGUGCUGGAGGACCUGCAGGAUGGAGACGUCAAAAUGGGUGGCUCCUUCAGAGGAGCAUUCAGUAACUCAGACAAAGCCAAGAACAUCUUCCGUGUGCGUUUCCAUGACCCGUCUCGGGGCCAGUCCCACACGCUGCAGGUCAACGACGUCUUCCACAAGCAGCAGUGGCUCAACUGCCUGCGCAGCGCCAUCUCCGUCCACCACCCCGCCGAUGUCACCACGCCCACUUCCUCCCCUGCAGCCGACGCCCACUCCAAGCGGCAUUCCUCCAAAAUCUCCUCCGUCAUCCACACGGAGGAGGCCGACGAGAACUGCCCUUUGACGCCCGCAGGUGCAACGUCCGCCUCCAGUUCUCUAUGCGGGGACGAGACCCCCAGUCCGACCUCAACGUCUCCCUCCUCAUCGUCUCCCUCCUCCCGCUCCUCAUCCUCCUCUUCAUCACCACUAUCCUCCCCAUCGCCCAAACACAAAACCAAAAAGGACAAGCGCUCCCUCUGUGCUUUAGGGAAGAGGAAGGAGACCAUGGUGUAAUUAGAGGGGAGAAAAUGGACUCCUAGGCGAGUGGACAAUAUGUUUGUACAUAAGGAGGGGGGAGGGGGGGGCUGCGUGUCCCCUCCCCAUGGGACUUUUAUUUAUGCAUCUGUGUGCUUAUUACAACAGUGUUUUGUGUUACUGUCCCCAUUGGCAGCUAUUUACAUUACCCUUCCAUCCCUCCACUGUUUGGUUCUGUCCACAAAGGGGCUAAGUGCAUACCAUUCAGUAUUCUGGAGAGGCCUGCUUGGCUUUCAGUAAUUAGAUAGAAGUCGUGCAUAUAGUCCUGUUUACUAUUAGAUUUUUUAAAAUUUACGUUUUACUCCUUUUUUUCCCAAUCUGAAAUGACUGUAGCUCUGUUUAAAACUGUUUCUAGCUUUUUGCUGUUGCUGUUGAACACUUUUUGGGGAGGUGGAUAGAAGGGAAGAGUUCCCAAGUCUGAUUUGUAGCUGUACUGGAGGACGGGUCUUAUUUUUGUACAUUCCUAAUAACAGAUAUUUUUUUAUGGUCCGGACACCUUUUUGCAUCACCUGCAGUUGAAGGCAUUAACUUUAAUCAAAUCACAUUUUAAUGGGAAAAAACAUGAAUUGCUACAGAAUUGUAGUAAUUUUAUGUCAAAACGCAUAUCAAAUGAGAUUUUGUUUUACUAUAAUGUAAAAACAAUUUAAACUGAGCCAUGUUGGUUUAAAAAGCUGACUCUUCCAAAUGAAAAUGGAUCACUUUUCAAUGUAGCAAUCUUGCAUGGAGCUUUAGUUGUUGACACUGCCACUCCCCAGCCACAGUACUGGCAGGAGCAUAUACAUGCUUGUCUGAUGGGUUGGGAUCUACUAAGGAGAUGACGUAUAGCUGAAAGAAACCACAAAGAUGGGUUGAGAAAAGCAAGAGUAUGUUAGAAGAAGAUUUAAGAGAUGUGGAAAAAGAGGGAAAUGUUGAAUGUGUUUGAAAUGAGAAGUUGAGGAUUUUUGUUUUCAAGGUGUGUGUAGCCACUAGCCACGCAAUGAUGGAGCUGUGAUGUGGUGCCUUGUCCAAAAAUGAAGGUUUGAGGCACUGGUCAAAAGCCAGUGAGAAAAAUGAAAGGAAAGACUAUGUAUGUUAUAGGGAGAAAACAGAUGAAGGUGUUAUGAAAGUGUUGAAGAAGGAAAGUGAAUGAGGUUUGACUGUUUGAAAAGGGGAUGGUAAAGAACUGUACUGGAAAGUAAAGGGCUGUGAUAUGACUGCCAUGGCCUAUAUGUAAUGUGGUGUAAAAACAACACAAACAUCUAUAAUAAAGAUCUGUGUAAGAGUUG